CAAUGAUUCUGAACAUCGCAUCCUCUGAGACCUGACUAUUGUUCAAGAUACAAAUCUUGUGUCCCAGUUUCAAGGCAACGAUGAAAUUUACUCUAUUCUCUGGCACACCGGGUCAAUCACCUCUUCCAGAGAACCCAGAAUCCGAGCCCUUUGAACUCGUCGCUAUUCCCGGCCCCGACAUUUGGAGAACUCCCUCUUGCGCUGGAGGCCGCGAUGACUUCACCGGACCAAUCUACGCAACCCCCCUUCCCCUAACCUCAUUCAAAAGCGCAAAAGUCACAAUCUCCUCAGACUUUCCCGGGAACUACUCCCAAGGCGGUCUUAUCCUCUUCAUGCCCGAAAGCAUCCCAAUCACUCAAACCGGCCUUGAGGAAUCACCACGGACAUGGAUCAAAGCUGGUAUCGAGAAAGUCGACGGCGAAUUCUUUGCUUCCGUCGCUGCUGCCAAACCAUACUCGGACUGGAGUUUGGUUAGGCUGGAGGAGACUUGUGCUACUUUUGAGAUGGAGAAGGUGAAGGGGUCGCUUUGGAUCUAUGUUACGGGGAGGGAUGGGAGGAGGACGCCUGUGAGGAAGUUGACUUGGGUUGUAGAUGUUUCUCCGCAGAAUGAUAUCUGGAUUGGUGUUGCGGCUUGUAUGCCCAAGGGUGAUGAGAGUGAGAGCGGCGGAAUGUUGAAAGUGCAGUUUCGAGACUUCUCUAUUACAACUGAAUAGUCCAGUAAAGAUACAAUUUAGGCAGCUUACUGUAUUGAGAUAACUGGUUUCACCUGUUGCGAGAAUCUCAGAUUAGGGCUUAAGAUGGUGAUUGUGUGUUGCUGCGGCGGCCCGGAAUCCCUGACUCGGAUGUCCGGUUUCGCCUCAAAGACGAUUAGUUCAGGU